CACAGGGACCCCAAAGUCAAUUCAUUACAAAGAUGGCGGCCUUCAAAUAGAAUUUUUGAUUCAUUGAAGUUUCUGAAUGCCAAGGCAUAGAAACAAGUCUACGAAGCCUACAAGAUCUGAGAGAGCUAACAUGAUCAGCUUUUCGCUCUGGGUCGUAAGACAUGGCGAAACCAUGGAAAAUCGUCUGAAUAUUUACCAGGGUCACUCAGAUACAGUCCUUUCAGAUAAAGGAAUUCAGCAAGCUAAACUGGUAGCUAAGAGGUUACAAGAUGAAAAGUUCAACUACAUCUUUUCAAGUGAUCUGCAGCGAGCUUACAAGACAGCAGAAUAUAUUUUAGAAGCAAACAAGUACAAAGAUGGAUUGGCUGUUACAAGAGAUCCAAGGAUUAAGGAAAAGGGUUAUGGCAUAAUGGAAGGGAAAACUAAAGCUGAGAUUCACGACUUCUUGAAAACUCUUGGAAAUUCGCACAGUUUCGUGCCAGAGGGCGGGGAAUCUAUCGAGCAGCUGUAUACAAGAACUGUGGCAUUUGUCAAUGAACUAUGCGGGAAAAUCGUGCAUCUGCAAAAAAAGAAGAGAAAAUGUGUCGACGCUACGCAUCGUGAUGAAGCAAAAGACGAGCACAUGACGAGCACGUGCUCAGAAGAAGAUAGCUACAAGAAAGAAAAGGCCACGCACGUGAUAAGCACGUGUUCAGAAAUGGAUAACGGUUGGGAAGGAGAGUUCACGCAUGUGAUGAGCACGUGUUCAACAGAGGAUAGUCACGAGGGAGAAAACGUCACUCACGUUAUUAGUUCAGCAGGAGGUUUUAAAAAAAAUGUAGGAUCUAGAAACAAUGAUAUUGAGGGAUCAAAGUCGAGAAACGUGUAUAACCAUCCGCAAAACGAUGGAAAACAGAGUCAUCUGGGAACUUGCGCAUAUGGAAAAGAGACAUUUAAUUCAGCAGCAAAUUUAGGCAAUCCGCGAGCUCCUGCAGAUUUAACCCUCUCCAAACCAGUGUCUAAUGUACUAAUGGUGGUCCACGGCGGAACGAUACGCCAACUAGUCCAGCACUUCAAGCGUCGAGUACCGUCCUCUGAAUUCGUAGGUCCAACAAAGAAUAAGCUCGGACGCAGUGUUAGCCCUAACACUGGGGUCUCUAGAUUCGAGGUUUGGGUAGACGAGGCGAGUGCGCAGAUAUCUUUUGUGCGCUGUACUAUGCUAUUUGAUGCAUCACAUUUGGAGGGGGAUGUAGACGAAGUAGACAUUGACAGAGCUCUGUAGGUACAUCAUACCACAGGAAGACAACAUCUACGGUUAGGAUAGAGCUCAAUAAAUGCACCAGGCUUUAAAACAGACAGAGAAUACAUACAAGCAAAUAAACAAACGCUUUAAGCCCCGGUAACGUUUUUCCCGGUAUAGGCGAGCUCCCUGUGAUAUCCAGCAUGACUUUAAAUCGCAAACAAACUUGGAAGUUUUGGCAUGAUUUCUAGGACAUUCAGAGUCUUACGAUCACUCCAUUCAAGCGAUCAAAGCGUGUAAAAAACACGCAUACGAAAGUAUGCAUGCAAUUGCCUGCUAUCUAAAUCUUUUAAAUUUUGCUGGAUCAUUUUUUUCGAGAUAAACUGGAUACGUAGGGCUCCCGUAUGUCCAGAGGCUUUUCUUCUGACCGAAUUAAAAAUGUUUGUGUAGUAUAGGGGUUAGUAAUAUUUUGGGUUUUGUUCAAAGUUCACUUGUUUGACUAGAUUGAGAUAAAUAAAUUGGAUUUUCAAUA